CAGCCUCAUUCAGCUCGAUCGACUUUCCCAAAAAAGAAACAAAAAAUGGAAGUUACUUCAAACAAGUUCGUGGUCACAAAAUGCCAUAUUGAUGGAGCUCCCGAUGUUAAUCACUUUGCCGUUAGGGAGGAGACGGUGCCAUUGAAAAUCGAUAAGAACGACCACAAUACUCUCCUAAUAGUUAAAAACUUGUACGUCUCCGUUGACCCGUAUCAACUAAAUCUCAUGAAGAGCCAAAACAGUUCGCAUGAAAUCCUGCCAGCGCUUUCUCGCAUUUUACCUGGACAGGCUAUUCCUUCGGUUGGAGUGGGAAGAGUGUUGGAUUCUGUGCAUCCAGAUUUUAAAAGAGGCGAUCUUGUGUUGGGAUUAAUGCUGAGCUGGGCACAGUAUACCAUUGUACCAAGUGGCGUUGAGCCCAUGUUGCAAAAAUUGGAUAAUAAAAUGGGAUUUCCACUCUCCUAUUAUGCUGGAGUUCUAGUCGUAGUUCAGGUCAAAUUUCUGAAAGAGGAGCUUGGGUUCGAUGAAGCAUUCAACUACAAAGAAGAAACUAAUCUGAGCGCUGCUUUGCAAAGGUGUUUUCCUGAAGGGAUUGACAUAUACUUUGACAAUGUCGGAGGUGAAAUGCUAGAAGCAGUUGUCGAGAACAUGAAUACUUUUGGUCGAGUAGCAGUUUGUGGAGCCAUGUCGGAAUAUGCAUACGGUGCAAAACGAGGCUUUCCUAACAUGAUCCAGGUAAUAUAUAAAAGAAUCAAAAUAGAAGGAUUUUUGUCGCUGGACAUGUUCGAUGUAUACGAAGACUUCUUCUCGACUACUGCGCAACAUCUCAAGGCUGGAAAAUUGAAGGUCAUUGAGGACAUUUCCCAUGGUGUGGAGAGUAUCCCUGGAGCCUUUGUCGAUAUAUUUCGUGGCAAUAAUAUUGGUAAAAGGGCUGUGAAAAUAGCUGAAGAAUAG